GAUUUGUGUCAGCAACCUUGGAAGUCUAUUUUACACAUUCUGACUUCACAAAAGAAAUCUACGCUUCGUUCACAAAUCCAAUUACAACAUACUUCUUCUGCUUGUCGGAUCUCAGAUCCUCGUCAACAAGUCCUUCUCAUAGUCUUUUAACUAUCCAAGUCCAAGUUUUGAGCGCCAUCGUCCUGAUGGCUCAAUUCCCUCCACACGCUCCGGUUGGCAGGGAUGACAAGCUGUGCACAAAUGCUUCGCACCAAUAAUUUUCAGUCACUCUAACACCUGAGUUUCUAGCAGCAGCCGCCGCGCUGGGUGAUAUACCUUGGGAUCAAUUGCCAAAUACCCAAGUGCUGUAUAGAUCCAUGCUUUGGGGCCAUCGUCCACCAUUUCUGCGCAUCGAACCAAUAACGGUACUUGAGCGGACGAUUGUCGAAAGGCGACGCCGACUGUUCAACAACUCAGAUCUUCUACGCGAGAUCUGGACAAGGUACGCCGUCGUCACAUGCAAGCGCUGGAGCAAGAAGACAAUCACCAAACGCCAUCAGAUUUUGCGACAGGCCUGGGGCAGCGACAUCAAUCUCGCGGGUCGACCAGACGUGGACGCCUUCCGUGAAACUUGCUGCUCGUCCGAUUGGACCGACAAAUCUGCUCAGCGAAACGCGAUUCUCUGGCCUCACGUCAAUCUCGAGGACUUGCAAAAGCCAAGGAACUUGCCGUUAUUCUUACAAAGCCGCGCACUUCACCAUCCUGGAGAGUUUGCGGGAUCUGAUCGAAGUUCGAUACUAUGUGACCUGCGUAAAACACUUGUCUUGCAAGAGACAGAAUUUCCGGGAUACCUGAUGCUGAUGGCUUCUGCUGAAACUCGUGAAACAUACGGCAAGUUGAUUCAUCUCAGCAAAUUUUCGAAGACCAUGCAGACGGCAACAAGUGGUUUUUACCUUCCAAUGCAUCUCGGAAACAUAUUAUUAGAGAUUCAAGACAAAGUCUGGUCAUUCCUGGUUGCGUGUGCGAGGGGAAUUAUGCACGACAUGUCAGAAUACGGCGUCUUCAACUCUUUGCCAGAUCCAGGUGUCCCGACGAUAGCAAACUACGGUCCAAGCAACUCUUGGUCUGACGACGCUGCAGAGGCAGCUUAUCGCGUCUCGACAUACAUUGGCUUCGCAAAACUUGAAAGGCUCAUGGCUGCUACCC